CCCUAUUCCGUUCUUCUCCGUUAGCAUCUUUAUGUCUCGUAGGGCGCAUACUCACUUAUACUGAAAGUUUGGAGACCAUGCCUUUGCAGUUCCAGUUGUGCCCCGGGAGGUUUGUGGGUGAGGGACACCCCUGCUUCAUUAUUGCAGAAAUCGGGCAGAAUCAUCAGGGAGAUCUGGACAUUGCUAAACGUAUGAUCCGGAUGGUCAAGGAAUGUGGAGCAGAUUGUGCUAAAUUCCAAAAGAGUGAGCUAGACUACAAGUUCAACAAGAAGGCUUUAGAAAGACCGUACACAUCCCCACACUCCUGGGGUAAAACAUAUGGAGAACACAAGCACCAUCUUGAAUUCAACCAUGAUCAAUACAGGGAGCUGCAGAAGUAUGCACAAGAGAUUGGCAUUUUCUUUACAGCUUCAGGAAUGGAUGAGAUGGCAGUUGAAUUCCUCCAUGAGCUCAAUGUCCCAUUUUUUAAAGUGGGAUCUGGAGAUACCAACAACUUCCCUUAUUUAGAAAAAACUGCAAAGAAAGGUCGCCCAAUGGUUAUUUCCAGUGGAAUGCAAAGCAUGGAUACCAUGCGCCGUGUUUAUAAGACAGUAAAAGCUUUUAAUCCUGACUUCUGCAUUCUACAAUGUACCAGUGCCUACCCACUGGAAGCAGAAGAUGUGAACCUCCGAGUAAUACAGGAAUACCAGAAGGAAUUUCCUGAUAUUCCCAUUGGAUAUUCCGGCCAUGAAAGUGGUAUAGCUAUUACCCUUGCGGCAGUUGCCUUGGGUGCUAAAGUGGUUGAGCGUCAUGUGACCUUGGAUAAAACGUGGAAAGGUAAUGACCAUCAAGCCUCUCUAGAACCUGAUGAACUUGCAGAGUUGGUACGCUCCAUCCGCCUUGUGGAAAAUGCUAUGGGAUCUCCUAUCAAACAGAUGCUUCCCUGUGAGCUUGCCUGCCAUAAUAAGUUGGGCAAGUCAGUGGUGGCAAAGGUGGCAAUUGAAGCUGGCACUGUAUUAACUCUCGAUAUGUUGACAGUGAAAGUAGCCGAACCCAAAGGAGUAUGCCCAGAAGAUAUUUUUAAGCUAGUGGGAAAACGAGUGUUAACUAGCAUUGGCGAGGAUGAAACUGUCACUGAGGAAGCUGUAGACGGCUACGGGAAAAAAUCAAAGUGUUAACACUAUUACCAUGGUUAAUAGCAAACCAACUUUCAUGUGGGAUAUUUUAAUGUAAUGCAACACACUACAUUUUCAGCUUGUGUUCUUGUUUCCGUCCAGAAAUACUGCACAGAAGAUGUAUGGUGGUGGAUGCAUUUAUUAGGUCUUAAAAUAUUUAUUUGCAUAUCCAUGAUUACUGUAUGAAGGAGGGGAAUUAUUUCACUUAUGCAUUUUUUCUUACCCUCUGUGCUGCACUGAUUAAAAAUAACUGUACUUUAUACAGAGGUGCUUGUUGUUGUACUUCGCAUUAAAAAGCUGUACCAAAAAAAAAAGCUAUAGCAGAAAAUGGAAGUUAGAAGUCUGACGUUUAUGAUUAAGAAAAAAAUAAACAUGAGUUAAAAAAUAA